AUGGCAGCUACCUUGACGGCGGUUACCUUUUCUUGAUCCCGGCCGUGCAGCCAAUGAGCGGCUGUCGGGGACACACGAACCGUAAAAAUAUUCACGGAACAGGGUGAAACAAAGGAAGGCAGCCGCUAGUUAGUCGUCAAACGUCCUUUCACUUUUCCCUCCUGCAGCUCGGGCAAAUACUCUGAUUUUCGACGUUAUUCGUAAACCCCCUGAGAAGUACUGAAUGUCUCUUCACGUGUGAAAUCCGAGCGCUUUCCUGGAUGUGCUCGUUGGACGUCUGUGUGGACUGAGGUUUCGUCUGGCUGAAAACGGUGUGUCCUAACACUUCCUUACACUGGACAUGGAAUUGCUAUAGAGCCCAUGAGGUAGCGUUGGGACCACCUGGCUCCUCAUUGCCACCCCCGGCUUUAGCCUUUUCCUCUGCCCUUCCUCUUUUGGACUCUCUAAGUCAUGGGCCAGAAGAUCUCAGGGAGCAUCAAGUCAGUUGAUGUGCGUGGGGAACCUCCAUACCACCCGGUCCGACAUGAACUACAGGGUCCAGAUUUUUGUCGGCCACCGCGGCUAGACUUAUUGCUGGACAUGCCACCAGCCAGCCCCGAGACCCAACUACGCCACGCUUGGAAUCCCGACGACAGAUCCCUUAAUGUCUUUGUCAAAGAAGACGACAAGCUAACGUUUCAUCGACACCCUGUAGCACAAAGUACAGACUGUAUCAGAGGUAGGGUAGGCUACACUAGGGGUCUCCAUGUAUGGAGGAUUCACUGGCCAGCCAGACAAAGAGGCACCCAUGCUGUGGUGGGGGUGGCCACAGCUGAAGCACCUUUACAUUCGGUAGGGUACACGGCUCUGGUGGGCUCAGACUCGGAGUCUUGGGGCUGGGACCUGGGCCGGAACAGACUUUAUCAUGACGGAAAGAACAGACCUGUUUCUUCAUCUGCCCCCGCUUAUCCAAGUUUCCUUGAGCCAGACGAGUCAUUUGUUCUCCCAGACUGUCUAACGGUGAUAUUGGACAUGGAUGAAGGGACGCUAAGCUUCAUGGUUGAUGGACAGUACCUCGGAGUGGCUUUUCGGGGACUGAAAGGCAAAAGACUGUACCCCAUUGUCAGUGCGGUGUGGGGGCACUGUGAAGUCUCGAUACGCUACGUCAACGGACUCGACCCGGAGCCCCUCCCCCUCAUGGAUCUGUGCAGACGGGUGGCUCGACUCGCUCUGGGCAGAGAGCGCAUCCAUCACAUCGACGCCCUGCCGCUGCCGCAGACACUGAAGAACUACCUCCAGUACCAAUGACCACACACGCCCAAAGGGGCGUGGCCUCCUGGCUACAGGUCACCACCUGCUGAUGUGGACUUUACAGGUGUUUACAAGGGCGCUCUGGAAGGGAAGGAAAGGCAGGGUCGUUUACAUCUUUUGCUCAUUUUCAUUCUGGCUGUUUUAAUCUUUCGGUUUUAAUGUCUUUUAUGAUUUUAAUUUCUUUUGCAGAAAUGUUUGUGGUAAGUGAGUUGUGCGAAUACUAAUCAGGCUUUUUCCUUAAAACCUUGGAAGAUGUUAUUUCUGGGCAGUUUUUGCUCUGCACAGGUUCAGUAGAAAUACACCGCCCUCAUAUUUAUAGGUUUCCAGCAACACAGCGGGCUCUGUGGACACAACAAGUCACAGGAGAGAUUUAGAAGACACUGUAGCAGUCAUGGAUCAUGCAUGCAGGGCAUCUGUGUCUGCAGGCACACAAAGCACACUCACACUGUGACUGCAAAGUUGUGACAGACUAAUACACAGCUGGAAAAACACUUAAAAAUGUCGUCCCGUCUGUGCGUUUCCACGUUUUCUUCAGGUUUUAUCAAACACACUUGGAGCUGAUGAACUAGAAAUCCUGCAGCCCUCAGUGUCCCGUACGCUCACACCUGAUUAGGGAAUAAGGAAAACGGCUUGUUUGUCAAUUCCUCCUCCAGAGUUUAAAAAGCUGCUUUUUUCUGCCUAGUUUUUAUCUUUGAUCUACAUUUUUUUUUUAUCCUGAGAAAGGAAAAAUGAAAGUAUGCAUAGGUUUGGAAAAUUUUUGCCAUAAAAACUUUUUUAAAAAUGUGAAAAAGAAUAAAUUCAUUUAAACCAACACCCCGAGUGCUUCCUGAUUAUGUGACAUUGUUUUGUACUAUUGUGCUGUCUCUGUGCGGGGUCAAAUCAGGAUCAGCUUAAAGUACAUGAAAGACAACAAGACUGAAAAUUUGAAAAAAAUAAAAAA